AUGGGGGAAUAUGAGGCACAUAAAAGCAGCUGGGUGAAACAGUUUGUAGACGAAUCACUAGGGACUCGUCUUUGGUUUUCCCAAGCUAAUAAAAUGGAAGAAAAGCCUCUUGUGAUAGCUAAGGAAGUGAAAAGAACAGAAGAGGAAAAGAGGAUAACUCAAGAGAAGAGAGCUAUUCCUGAAACUAAAAAGAAAGAAAAAGAAGAAGAAGAAAAGAAAUCCCCUGAGACGACUGUCCCUGAAAUAAAAAAAGCAGAGCCAGCAAAAGAAAAGCCUUCAUUUUCACCUUUAAAGAAAGAAGGUGAGAAAGAACCUGUCGUGUCCAAAGAACCUAAAAAGCCAGCAAAAGCUCCCACAGCCAAGCCAGCCACUAUAAAAGCAGCAGCACCAGUUUCCAAGACAGCAGCAGCAGCUAAAACAGCAGAAGAAUCACCCAAGAAAGAAAAGCUGGUGGAAACUGCCAAACCAUCGAAGAAGGAAAUACCUGUAGUACCUCUAAAAGUACCUGUAUCUGCGGAAAGUCAUAAGGGAAAACAAACCGGACAAGCCAAAGAGGAAGUUGUUGCGGUUUCAGCUAAGAAAGCAGUACCUGUAAAGAAGGAAGAAAAAACAGUGAAGGCAAUGGAGCAAGAUAAACCAAAACCGAAAGAAACAAAACCUGUAAAAGAGAAAGAAGUGAAACCUCCAGCUGCAACAAAGGAUAAAGAGCAUGUCAAAGAAAAGGAAGUAAAGCAUCCUGCAGCUUUAAAAGAGCAUGUAAAACAAAAAGCUGUGAAGACGCCAGAAGUUCCAAAGGACAAAGAGCCUGUUAAAAGAAAAGAAGUGAAGCCUCCAGCAGCCUUAAAGGAAAAGGAGCCUACAAAAGAAAAAGAAGUGAAGCCUUCAGUUCUUGUCAAAGAAAGAGGGGCCACAAGAAAACAAGCCAUGAAGAUUCCAGUUGUUGUCAAAGAAAAAGAACCUGAAAUCAAAAAAGAAGAAAAGCCAGCAAAGCCAGAACCUGAAGUCAAAAAAGAAGAAAAGCCAGCAAAACCAGUGAUUUUAGAAGCCAAAAAGGUGAAAGAUGCUAAAGUAGUCCUUCAUCCUGAUGCUGAAGGCAAAAAAGUUGAGGCCAAACUACCAAUGACAGUAGUGAAACCUCGUGAACACAAGCAUGAAUCUAUUAAACAAGAAAAAGCUGUUUCCCAUGCCAAACCAGAGGAAAAAAUCAAACAAGAAAAGACAGUUCCCACUGAAAAAUCAGUCAAGUCAAAGCCAGCAAAGCACGAAGCUGUCAGACAAGAAAAAGAAGUUCCACAAACAAAAUCAGCCAGAUCAAAAGUAACUGCAAAACCAGCAUCUGAAAUGACAGUAGCAGCCAAGAAAAAAACAGAAAAGGCUGCAAAGGAAAGAGAAGAAAAAACAGAGAAGAAACAUCCCAAAGAGGGAAAAGCCAAAGCAAUGCCAACAGUAAAAGAAAUUUUAAGACAGCACAACCUGACAACAGAGAAGAUUUCUAAAGCUGCAAAAACAGCAAAAGAAUAUGCAGAAAUAAUUUCCAUUAAAAAAGACAAAGCUCCAGUCCGCUUCUUCCAAUGUGUUUUCCUAGAUGGAUACAAUGGAUAUGGAUUACAAUUCCCCAUUACUCCAGCUCCCGGCCAUGAAAAGAGUCCUGGUCAUGCAAAGACUUCAGGGCGGAAGUCAAAGACACCAGGACAGUAGAGAGACAUGUGACCUGUGUAUUUUUGAGACUUUGCACUUUAUCCCUUCUACUGAGGUCCACAGUAACUACAGUGGUACUUGGUACUGUAGAAAUGCGAUCCAGCAGAUCUCAGGCACCUGGAAACGUUUUUUACUCUCUGGUGCUGAGGGAAAAGCGGUGGUGGAUGAACACUAUUCAUCCAAACAAUACUAAUACUGUUCUUGAAGAAAGGCUGUGGUGUUGAAAUAGUGUUUGUCAGAUUGUGCAGUUUGUUUGUGCAUGUGCAUUUUCCUGCCUCUUCUGCUCUUCUUAUUUUUCCCCUAUCUGUUCUGAAUUCAAGUACAUCUAUUUUCCAUGUAGUAAUUUUUAAAGAGCAAAAAAUAUAAAUGCAAGGCUUAUUUCAGUAAGAUUUUUUGCAAGAUUACCUGGAAUCCUAAAUCAUAUCCUGUCAAUGUUCAAUCAGAUCUCUGACAUGGAAAAAGCCGCAGUAAAUCUGAAAAAUGUGCUCCAUGACUUGUGCUAUUUUUAUGUAUAAUUGACCAGUUAAGAAUGAAGCUCACAUCUUACCUUUAAGCUGCUCAGUAUACCAUAGUAAGGUUCACUAUCCAAACUGGUAAUGAUCAGUAUUUACAUUUAAGUUGAAGGCAAGCAAUAAAAACUUGCUAUAUUUUUCCCUUAUGUAUAUGUAAAAUCAUAACACCUCACUUUCCCUCUCAUUUUGAGAUCUGGGGAAAUGAGCCAAGGUGGUGCUGGCAAAGGAGAGGUGAAGCAAGGAGGUAAACUGUGAAGAUCUCAUGAGUGGGAAGGAAAUUUUUACUUCCUCUGUCUCUUCUUGGACAAAGUCAUUAUCAGUUCAGCACAGACUGCAGAUAGAUCAUGCUGGCCAAUCAUUUGUUAGAAAAAGUCAGACAGGAAGCUAUAUUAUCAGACACUACUUGUGAAACAAAAUCAAAUUUUCAAGUAAAAAUGCCAACAUGAUAUAAUCUUGGAGUAAUCAGCAAAAACAGGACACGUGCAAGAAAUCUUGAUGGUUAAUUUUACUAGAUGAGCUGGAAAGCCUUAUAAGUUAAUAGCUGGGCCUCCGUCAAAGUGCACUGUAUUGUCAGUUACUUUUAGGAUGCGUGCUGCAAGUAAACAUGCCAGUCCUCAACCAUCUUGUUUAUUUCUUCCGAUAGUGUGGAUUAUCUGUUAAAGAAAGGGGAUGCGCUGGUACUUGACCUAUGUGAAGGUGUCUGAUUGUAAAUCAGUGUUGUGAUUGUCUGUACAUGUCUAGCAAUGUAAAUAAUAAUGCAUUUUUGCAAGCUGCUAUUUUUCUUCCUUACUAUAUUUAUGAAUUUAAUCUGUGAAACAUGCAGCUGUGAUCCCAGUUUCAUAGUUACCAUCUGAAAUACCAUGAAUUUUAACAUGGUAACUCAUGAAAUAGAUCUGCUCACACCUGUAACUCAUAUAUAGCUCUUUUUUUUUUUUUUCAGUAUAGUGCAAGAUAACAUCACCAUAAUACCGAUGCUUAUCUCUAUAGGAAGAUUGACUUACAUGGGUUUCAGAUAACUAUGUCCCAGAAGGACUCAGGCAAUUUAUAAUGGGAUGUGGAGUUUUUUACCUCUAGGUCACUGGGUCAGAUUGGUAAUGGCUGAAAGUUGUUACUUUCUGAUUGAUGUUCAGUGGCCUAUGUGAAAUGAAUUCUUGGUCUCAGCACACUCUGUGUUAUGCAGGUACCUGCCUCUCAAAAUCUACCAUCCCACUAGAUGUCCUUGACAGCCGUUUAGAAACUCAACUCCCAUCUUGUGUCUAGGGGUUGUUCUUCCCAGUCAGGAAGGGGUCACAUUGGGGAUGUGGGUGCAGAGUGCUCUGACUCUGCAGUAACCAGAGCUGUAAGCCUGGAACCUUCCACUAUGAACAGCCAAUUCCCAUGAUUUUUUUCAGCAGGCCUUCCCCCCCCCCCUCGCCCCCCCCCCCCCCCAGGUCUCCAUCCCCUCAGUAUACCUUUUGUGUCUCACCACAAAUUGUGUGUAUUUCAGUGUGUCGUUACACAGGUUGCUGUCCUAUGAUUUUCCUACUAAGGCUGUCUUAAUGAAGGGAUUAUAACUUUCAGAAGGUCAGCUCAUUUAAUUCAUAGCUUUAGCCAAUUCAAAUGAUAAGCAUGACAUUUUAAUUUUUUAUAUAGUCACAAGCUGUUGGGUUUUUUAGCUUUUUUUGACACUUAAUUUCCCUUUUUGCUCAUGAUGACUUGGCUGUUUCUCCCAUUGUGAUUUAAUUUGGGAAAGUACAAGAAUGUUUUUUAAGAGCCUGUUCCUCUAGCACAGUGGUUCAUAGAAUCAUAGAAUCAUAGAAUAUCAGGGUUGGAAGGGACCCCAGAAGGUC